UUUGAAACUGUUCGAUAUGGUCCAUGCUUACUGACAUAGAAGGUUUGCAGCAUGUAAAUAUCCCUAUUCUAAAAAGACUAUUCUAUUCAUGUUUUUCCUCAACAGAGCAGACUGAUGUCGCUUGGUAGGCUACUAAAUGCAGUUGUGGCAGGCUGCAUGAUUAAAUUCGUAGCCUAACAGAACGAUACUGGAGGUAUAUGGAGUAGCCUGGGCUACAUUUACAUGUUUAGCCAUUUGACUGACGCUUUUAUUCAAGACGAUUUACAGCAGUGCAAGGUACAAUCAGGCUAGCCUACAAUGCGACUAGGACAAGUUGGUGCAGCGACAAACAGAGUGGGCUAUAACAGAACUGGAACUAGAAAUCUAUGACCGAUUACCUCCAAAGGCUGGCUUUAAGUCGGAACACCCGCUGCGAAACACACAGGCGGGCGAGACAUGGAGUGAUUCAGUGAAGCCACCUCCUCACGUCUCGGCCUGUUGCCACCAUGACCACAAGCCAGACCCAAACCCUGCAGCGGACCACAGACAACCAUGCAGCAGAGGAAGCGCCCCAGUUCAAAACCCUGAAAUUGACCACAGACAACCAUGCAGAAAGCGGAGAGCCCCAGCCCAAAACCCUGAAGUUGACCACAGACAACCUGGCACCUAGGGCAGAGCUACAGCCCCAAACCCUGAAGUGGGGCACAGAUAACCAUGCAGCAGAUGGAGAGCCCCAGCCCCAAGCCCUCCUCCAAUGGACAAGCCAGUGCCAGAAGCAGCCAGCGGAGAGCUCCAGCCCCAAGCGCAGCCGCCAGCCCCCAGCCCGGGCCCCAGUAGCGCCACCUGCUGCGCUGGAGGAUCGAUGGCGUGGUGCCACAGAGGAAGAUGUGCAGCCUCCCCUGUUGCCGUUUCGCCCCAAGAGGACCCCUGGAGUUCAGCUGGACCGUCAGGGGGAAUACAAACCCUCUGACGUCUUCCGGCUGUUCUUCAGUAAGGAGGUGAUGCGCACCCUGUGCAGCAACACCAACCUAUAUGCUGCGCAGAGGACUGCGGCGGGCAUGAAGAGGCAGUGGACAGACGUAGAGGCUGAGGAGAUGCUCCAGUUUAUCAGCAUCAUCAUCUAUCUCGGCCUGAUGAAGCCCGCAGCUGCACGGGACUUGUGGAGGAAGGACCGCCUGCACACCUACCCAUUUCCUGCCACUGUGAUGCCCGGCUACCGCUUCGAGGCCAUCAUGGCGUACCUACACAUGAGUGACCCGGCAGCAGAUAAGGUGAACGACCAGCUCCGAGGCACUCCCAUGCACGAUGGCCUCUGCCGCCUCAAGCCACUGCAGGAGCAGAUUCUGACCGCCUGCCGAGCCUACUACCACCCUCACCAGAACCUGGCAGUAGACGAACGCAUGGUGGCCACCAAGGCGAAGAUCGGGAUGAAGCAGUACAUGAAGGACAAGCCCACGAAGUGGGGCUACAAGCUCUUCGUCUUGGCCGACAGCUCCAACGGCUACACCUGCGAGUUCAGCAUCUACGAGGGGAAAGCCAGAACACCGUCGGGAAACGGCCUGAGCUUUGAUGCGGUUGUCGACCUGCUCCAUGUGCCCUAUCUGGGCACGGGGUAUCACGUGUACGUAGACAACUUCUACACCAGCUCGAAGCUCUUCUGUCACCUACACAGCAUGGGUUUCAGGGCCUGUGGAACCAUACGUGAGAACAGGGUCGGCUUUCCAAAGACUGACAUCAAUGCCCUGCCAAAGAACGCGCAGCGCGGAGACAUGCGGUGGAUCAGAGACGGCUCGUUGCUGUUUGUGAAGUGGAGAGACUCCAGAGAUGUCACGCUCUGCUCCACGAUUCACAGAGCCUACAGCGGGGAUUCAAUGUCGCGGCGGACCCGAGACCCUGAAACUGGCACCUGGUCCUCUAAACACAUCUCUGUCCCAGAGCCUGUGAUGGCGUACAACAAGUACAUGGGGGGAGUGGACUUGUCCGACGCUCUUAUAAAGUACUACUCGGUCACACGGAAGACCAGCCGUUGGUACGUGAAGCUCUUUCUGCACUUCAUCGACAUCGCAGUGGUGAACAGUUUCAUCAUCCAUAAGGAGAUGGCCCUGGCGAGGCAGAAGAAGCCGCUCACCCAGAAGCGGUUUAGGGAGCUGCUGUGCAUUGAGCUGGCCGACUGUAGGCAGCUGCCGGCGUGCCCAUCUGCAGAGACCACCAGCGAGGCAUCGCCAGCUGCAUCUGCAGGCGCCACAAGUGGGGCAGUCUCCUCAUCUCCUCCGCAGGGUCUGGACCAAGGACCGCAGGGGUGCUUCCCGGUUCCAGUGUGCAAGGUGUCCACUAACCCGUCCCUGAAGGCCUCACAAGGGAGGAGGAAAUGUGUGCACUGCAAGAUGAAUACCAUCUACAUGUGCAGAUCUUGCAAUGUGCCACUUUGCAUUAUUGUGGACAGAAUUUGCUUCACAGAGUGGCAUGAUAAGAAGAGCACACAAUGAAGCAUGCAGAUAUGUUAAUAGUUGUAAUAGUUUUGUAUGGAUUUGUAAAUACAGUUUCUGGUUUUUCUGAGUUUGUGCUGUUACUUUCCUGCCUCCUGAAAUCCAACUCCUAGUCCAUGCUGCAGGAGGUGGUGAUAGAACAUUGCUUUUAGAAUGUUCUAGAAUGCAAUUGUUCUGGCACGAAUGGGGCUCUGGAAUGGACUCUUUUGCAGUACUCUGAAGACCCUGAAGUCCAGUAACAGACAUUGGAGAGGUUGUUAGCAUGGUUUUGGAUAGGCAAUGAGCUUCCGUGUUGGUUUACCUGGAUACAAUGGUAAUAUUAGUCUGGGAUGGGGUAACAUUCGUUAGUUUUGUGAUCCAUUGCACCCCGACAAACUAGGCUUACACACUUGAGGCGAAUAUGCUGUACGUCUUAGUCCAUUUGUCUACCUCAAUCAUUGUGCUUUAUACCCGAUAUAAUAUGUGUCGGGGUGUAAGUCAAAACCGUUCCAAAUGAAUUUGGGAUCUUAAUCUGUACAGUGACAUGACAAUAUGUAGAACGUUGAAAGUGGUAUCCUGUUCGACAGGAUAAUAUGUAGCAUGUUGAAGGUGGUAUCGUGUUUGCCCCAAAGUGCAUUAACUGCUACAGCGACAGGAUAAUAUGUAGCAUGUUGAAGGUGGUAUCGUGUUUGCCCCCAAAGUGCAUUAACUGCUACAGCGACAGGAUAAUAUGUAGCAUGUUGAAGGUGGUAUCCUGUUCGACAUGAUAAUAUGUAGCAUGUUGAAGGUGGUAUCCUGUUCGCCCCAAAGUGCAGCAACUUGUGCGCCCUGAGCGCUGUGACUUGUUAGAGGCCAGAUGUGCUGCUAUGAUGAGCCCCCAGAACAAGUGGAUUUCCUAUCAUAGCUGCUAUGAUGAGCCCCAAGAACAAGUGGAUUUCCUAUCAUAGCUGCUAUGAUGAGCCCCAAGAACAAGUGGAUUUCCUAUCAUAGCUGCUAUCAAUCUCUUUGUCAAUGUGUAUUGACCAAAUUAAGAAAACUAUUCCCAUGUUUUCUGCUAACUGAUCAAGUAUACUUUUAAUCAAAUGUACUCUGUUUUAACUUUUUACUAAUGUACCUUCCUGUUUUUAAAACGUUAAAACAUUAUUUUAUGAAGCACAUUGAAUUGCCUAUAAAUAAGUAACUGGAUUUAGAAUGGGAUGUCAUUGAAGUCCCUGUGUGGCACGUGUCCCAAUAUUUUUGGUAUUUUGAUUACGUUCAGUCUGGUUUUAGGGCAAAUCACAGCACUGAAACAGCUCUCAUUAAAGUUUCCAAUGACGUACGCCUCAACACAGAUU